CCCUUCAGUAACCUCCGCCUCUGAGCUGGGCUGGACUCUACUAGGCAACAUUUACAACUAGCGACUGCAUUGGCAAAGAGCUCCAAGAACCUCACACGACCUCAACAUGAAGACCGGUGUAGAGCACCUGUUUGACGAGCUCGGCCAUUUCAAAAGGUUUCAGGCCUGCCUCUACUUCGCUGCUGUUUUCCAGGUCACGUCAUGUGGGGUUCACUACCUGGCCUCCGUUUUUUUGGUGGAGACACCAAAGUUUCUAUGUGACACUCCUUGGAACAUCACCGAUGUCCUUUAUGGAAACCAUUCGGCAAGCUCGCUGGAGGAGAUCUGGCCGUACUAUACUCCCGGAAAAGGUCCAGUGGUGGUGCGGACUGUUAACGGAGAGCAGUGGGAACUGGGACCCUGUCGCAAAAUGCUGCGUCGCUACACUCAAGACUUUCAGUACGAGUUUAUUGGCAACAAAUCAGUGGAGUCAUGCAACGGCUAUGUGUUUGAUCGUAGCCAGGUGGAACAGAGCAUUGUGACAGAAUGGGAUCUGGUGUGUGAGAAGGAAUGGCUGGCUAAGAUUACACAACCUACCUUUAUGCUGGGAGUCUUGAUCGGGGCACUGCUGUUUGGAGACAUCGCUGAUAGAGUUGGCCGACGUCCCAUUCUGAUGGCCACCAGUGUGUGUCAGUUUGCAUUCGGUGUCACUGUGGCCUUUACAGGAAACUACUACACUUUCAUGGUGAUGCGCUUCCUGCUCGCCAUGGUCUCAAGUGGCUAUCUAGUGGUGGUUUUUGUAUACGUUACCGAAUUCACAGGCAGCAAAGUCCGGACGUGGACGUCCAUGCACGUGCACGCAGCAUUUGCGGUCGGCGUCAUGGUGCUCGCUCUGGUGGGUUACCUGAUCCGAGUCUGGUGGCUCUACCAGAUCAUCCUCACCCUCAGUACCUCUCCGUUUCUUCUGUACUGCUGGAAGUUCCCCGAGACGCCAUUCUAUCUGAUGGCCAAAGGACGACACCGGGAAGCCCAGGAGCUCUUGGAUACCAUGGCCCGCUGGAAUGGACUGGAUCGCAGAGUGGAGGUGUCGGAGCUGAUGGAGGAAAGUGGGAAUGCACUUCUGAAGGACAGACAGCGAGAUGACAGCAGGCUGGAGGAACCGGAGAAGAAGCUGAGCAUCCUGAACAUGUUCGGCAGCUGGAAGAUGGCAGGACGCAGCGCCACAUGCUGGGCGAUCUGGUUCAUUGGCUCGCUGGGUUACUACGUGUUCAGCUUGGGUUCCGUCAACCUGGGAGGAAACCAGUACAUCAACCUCUUCCUGGCUGUGGUUAAGGUGUUGGACUACUGCUUCAAAUCCAUUAUCCACCAACCUGGUCCACCAACCUGCCACUGCUGGGCCCCUGAGCAAGGCCCCUUAAGCCUCAUUUGUAUAAAAUGUGCUGUUGAACUGCCAUCUUACCUAAUCGGCUGUAUCGCGAUGGACCGCGUCGGGAGGAAAAUGACGUGUGCUCCAGCUCUGAUGCUCGGCGGAGUCGCCUGCAUGCUCAUCAUCGCAGUGCCUCAGGACUUUGAGAUUUUGGCUGUGAUCCUGAGUAUGACGGGGAAGUUUGCCAUCGCCAUCGCGUUUGGCCUUGUUUACUUGUACACGUGUGAGCUGUACCCAACAAUCAUCAGGUCACUUGCGGUGGGCAGUGGUAGUAUGUCAUGUAGGAUUGGAAGUGUGGUGGCUCCCUUCUGCGUUUACCUUGCAGAUAUCUGGAUCUACCUGCCUCAGCUCAUCGUGGGCAUCCUGUCUUUCAUUAUCGGAGUUUUGACCUUCUUCCUGCCAGAGACACUGGGGGAGCCGCUCACCUCCACCCUGGAAGAGGCAGAAGCUCUGGGCACAAAAUCAAGCAAGAAAACAACAAGAGACAAUGAGAUACAAAUGACUGACAGCAAAGCUUGAGUCAAGCAUAAGCUUGAGAAGCAAUCAGGAAUUCUCCUCAGCUUCCUAGGUGCUGGAUGCAUGAUCGACACAACACCGUAACACCAUAAAAGAGAUUUUUUAGCAACAGAUUUGUCAAGAAAGACACAUUUCAUGGAGGAGUGAAGACAAGAACGCAUCAGUAGCACCAACUGUGAUGACAGAAGCAAAAGUGAUGGACUUCUAUAUGUUUUGUCCUGUGGUUCUGAGGUUUAAAGGACUUUGCAUAACUGGCCUGUCAUGGUGAAUCUGAGAUUUUUCACUUUUUUUAGGGGUCCAGAUUCUUCUUUGUCUUCUGGCCAAAGUUGUACACAUAGGAACAGUUUAGUAGAAAGGUUCAGUGCUUCCUUGCGCUGAGUUGAGACCAAAUUUAAAAGAUCACUGUAGCCUGAGGAGGCGUGUGGUUUAGAAAUUGGAUAUAGAGUUUGCUAAGCUGCUCUGUUUUAACGUUGUUUUAGUUAUUCUAGAUAGAUAGAAGGAACAGACUGAACAGAACAGAAAGUAUAGAAGGAACUAGACUGCUGUCCUAAGUAACUGCUGCCAGUCAAUAUUUUCUAGUGUUGAAAAGUAUUUUUCGUUGCUGUGAUGUGAAUCAGAUUGCACACAAGUAGCACACUGGAACUGAAAAGUCUAGAAGCAAGACAGUGGCAAACAUGAUGAUUUUUUUUUUUUUGUCUGAAAUUUUAAUUUGCCAAAUUGUAUGUGAAAUUAUUUUUUUUUAAUGCUGUGUGUACACUGAGCAAUGAUAUAAGCUUUUGUUGUUGCUUUUGUAAACAAAACUUAAUCUGAGUGCCUUGCACAUGCCCUGGAUGGACCAAAGAGUCUGUGACUGGACAAAGGUGCAUUUAUGUUAAGCUGUAGGUCAAAGAUCCUUCAGUUUUCAUACCAGAGUCUUCGAUUUAAAGGAUAUUAUAAAGACUGGUAUUUUGGUACAUUUCAGAAACUAUGAAAUACUGGUGCAUAUGUUAUUCAGAUGUAUUUUUUGUACUGCUGGCUUUUCCAGGUGUUUCUUCAGUACAAUGAAAGAAUAGAAUUGUGGGAAUUUAUUUGAUUGGUCUUUUAUUAUGGUUAUGUAAUAUGUCUUUUCAACAUUUAGGUCAAAAACGUGAACCAUUUCUGUGUUUUUCUGUAGCGCAAACCUAUUUAUGUUUGCUACGUCUUCCAGUGUAGGACACCUAGUCUUCAAUGGCAAUGGCAUUAGAAGCAGUUAGUUUUUUGUGUUUUAAGAAACAAAAAGAAAUCCUAGCAAAGCCCGGAGUCAAUGAUCACACCAAGGCGGACAUUAUCGCUGCUCAGCAUGUAACAGUAGACCAAUGAAACUAAUCAGAAAGCUUUGAGCUGUCUGUUGCCCCAACCACGUUGGACAUUUCUGUCCAAUGUGAAUUAAUUAGGAGGAAGUUACUUAGAAUCCAGUUGGUAUGUUGAUGAAGCAUGCAGCUGUGUGUCAUCAGCACAGCACUUUAUUAGACUGGUUUGAUGGCGAAACAUACAGCUGUGCUAUCAUCAUAGCACUUUAUUAAGCUGGUAUGUUGAUGAAGCAUGCAGCUGUGUGUCAUCAGCAUAGCAAUGGAAGUUAAUGGAAGUUAAUUAAUAAAUGUAGCAAACUUAGAGAAAAAAAUGAGUGACCCCGGAACAGAUCUUUGUGGAACACCCCAGAGAAGUCAUCCUUCAACAUUUACAAACUCAUAACAGUUAGUAAGUUAAGACCUGAGCCAGGAAGUAAGAUGAAAAACUGCUUUUCUUUUUUGGCCUUCCUUCCAGGAUGCAUGUUGGAGAAGAAGGGAAGAGGUGCCACCCUUUGGCACGUCUUACUAAUAAAAGCAAGAAGCCUCUUGUUUUUCUUCUCAGUCACAUUUGCACUGAAUAAUUGACGCUGCAUUCAAGACUGCUUCCUGGGGGACCAUAAUUGCAGGAUUUCUUUCACAAUCCAUUCAAUCGAUUGCUCAGGUUUGUGAACACAGGUUUGUAAAGUCUUAGUGGUACUAGGUUCAUCCUGUUAUCUGAAAUGUUUUUAUAAGCUGUGCACUACAGAUAUUUGGGCUUGCCCUAGCAACACAUCAUCUAUAAGAAGCUGUUCAAGAGCUAGUUUGUUUGUCACCACACACUGUAACACUAUCUGUACCAUAAUGUAAUGUAAUACUACUUCCACCAUUUGUCUGCUCUCCUAAAUCAGUUUUCCAUCACCUUAAUUCUCAAAGAGUAAGAAGGAAACACAUUGCCAUUAAGCUGAACAAGUCGAGGAACCCUGACCUAGCAACAGAUUCCCUUUGGUCAUCUAGAAUGGCAUGCACAUACUGAACAGGUAAUCACUGAAAUCCCUUUCUAAUACCCUCUAUGGGUACAGUCUUGACAAAGAUCUAGGUCUUGAUAAGGUGUGUUCUUCCUCCUCCUCACCUCUAUGAUAUGUGGUUGGAUACCAUUGGUGUCCAUAGAGUUCGCCAGGAUUCAGUGCUGUAUUUCGUCUAUUUCAGUUACACUCACAUUCCAGACUGGCUUUAGGGUUGGAAAGAUUUUCAAAAGCAUUCCUUUCUCUUAGAGGUAUAACCUCAAUAGUUUGAGGCAGUGAAGAAGGCUUGUUGUAAAUGGGAUACUUCAUUCUAAUCGUCAUCCUAUAUUAGCAACCACAUCCUGAGGUCGCUGUGCUUCUGUGGCGGUUUCUCACUCUGAAAUCUGGUAUCACUUAGGAGAUUACUCUUCAUUGGAAUUUAAGCGAUGAGAGAGAAAACCUUAUUGUCUGUAAGGUAGCUUCUCCACUCUUGCACCAAUUUCAUGGGUAGAGAACAAGCAGACCUAGCCAGGUGAGUAGCCAUCUUCCUUUACAUAAAUGAACACCAUCAGGUUCUUUUAGCUUCAAUCUGAAUUUACUCAAAAUCCUAGCAAAGCUGUUAGCAAUUUUAAGAGUGCUCUUUUAAUGACUUGGAGGAAAUAGACCAUUUGUUUAACUAGUGUCUCGAUAUUUCCAAAGCUAUCUCAUAGCUGUCUGCAGGAACUGCCCUAAUUCUCUUCACAUACUCACAGAUUCGCUUGCUAAACAAUUUGGCUCUUCAACAGCUAUAAAAUCUAAAUCUAAUCUCUUAUUGUGCUGAAGGUUAAUUUCAGUGGCCUGCAGCUUUCAGGAUAAUCAUACCUAAUAAAAGGUAUAUGAGUCCUAUUGCUUGUUUGAAUGUGGCUGUGCUGACCAAUGUGGAAGAGCAACCAGCAUUUAAAGUUGCUUUUUAACAUUACAUGUAAAAAUAGUUGGCUGAUGCUAACUGGUUAGCUUAUGUGAGAUGGGAGAAAUGGGCAGGAUUUACAUGGUCUCAGGAAAUUCUGAAUUCUGAAGGGUCACAGGGAACCUGGAGUCUAUCCCAGGGGCUUAGGACACAAGGUGGAAAACACCCUGAAUAGGUGCCAACUCACUGCUUGGCACAAUCAUGCAAACUAUGUACAAUUUUGAGAUACCAAUCAUCUUAAAAGGUGUGUCUUUUGAGUAGGGAAGGAAACCGAAGUGCCUGGAGGAAACCCCUGGAGGAAACAUGUUGAGAAACUGCAAACUUUCCAGUCAAGUUUUACAAAUCAUCAAUAUGCACUACAGCAAUCAUAUCCUGACUGGAAAAAUAAACUAUGACUGCUGAAGGAUGCUAAUUUAUGGAAUUACAUGCCAAGGGUGUCAUCAAGUCAAGUCAAUAAGAGGUGCUAAAACACAUAAGUGCGGAAAAGAACAUCAGUGCCACGGGGAUUCUGGCAACCUUGACCUAGAUCAAGUGUCCAAUCUUGCCUACAAAGGGUCAAGCAGUAAUGUGGGGAUGUGGUAGAUUAGUGGCUAAGGUGUUGGAUUACUGCUCAGAAAGUUGUGAGUUUGAACCCCAGGUCCACCAAGCUUACACUGCUGUGCCCUUUAACAGGGCCCUUAACUCUCAAUUGCAUAAAUUGAGGUAAAAAUAUAUGUUGCUCUGGAUAAGGGUGCCUGCCAAAUGCUGCAAAUGUAGGUAAAUUCAAUCAAAAAGGUUUUUAUGCCAGGUUCUCUUGCUUGAUUAUGAUAUAAUCUUGAUGCUCUUUUGGAUAAGGUUGUACACCCCUGAUCAUUGCUGCACCUCUGAAAACUUGGCUGAAAGAAUGUUAGCUGAAUGUGCAGCACCUGUCAGUGUCAGUAGUAUUGACAAGAGCAGGCACAUGUGCCCUGAAGUUUUGGUCCAGGGCACCUUUUCAUAACCCCAAGCAUGCCCUUGGGUGUAUAGAUAAAAAAGAAAACCCAAAAAGAGGAAGGAAUGUCAGCAUAUCAAGGUCGCACUCAUACUAGAGCAGACCUAGUAUAAUGGUGGCAUUUUCCACAAACCACCACAGAGUCACGAAAUCAAAAGUUGUUGUUGUGGGCAAGUCUCUAAGAGUUGCCUAUGCUAUGCAUACAAUGGAUAUGCUGUCUCACCGCAAGCCCGUGCCAGGGUAUUGGCAAAUUCUCAAGCAGGUGGUUCAGCUCAUUUGGAACGUCUACAUGCAGACUAGAAAUUGAUCUGUUUGUGAACAGAUAGUCUAGUCAGUGUUCAGUGUGGUUCAUGGACAGGGCAGAGACCAAGGCUUUGCGCCAGAAUGUGUUGACGUACCACUAGUCAACAUGUACGUAGACAUAGCAGCAUUGUCUGGACACCAGGGACAGAUUUUGUGUUGAAUGUGUAUUAUGUUUUUAUUAAAUUUGCCUCACAUAUUUUAAAGGCAGUCCAGGAAUUCCAUUAUUUGUUUAGGGAAACUUUGAAAAUAAUUCCAUUAUUCGGUUUCGAGAAUAGUUCUUAAAAAUGCUUUAUUAAAGAAUUUAAUAGACUUUUUUUUAGACGUUUUAGACUUUCAGUAGUUUAUGACAAUGUGGAUAUGUUUUCUUUUGUUUUGCUUGGAGCAUUAACCUCCAAGGCAACACGAUGGCACAGCAGGUAGCGUUGUUGCCUCAUAGUUCCACGGUCCCUUGUUGAAUCCUAAGCUCAAGUUACAGUCAGUUCACAUGUUCUCCCAGUAGUCGUAUGGGUUUCUUUUGGAUUCUCGCAUGCGACUCGGUGGAUUGGUUAUGAUUAAUUGGUUACACAUUUCCUCUGGUUACACAAUUCCACUUGACUGUAUAUAGUUUUAGAAAGGACAUUGUUUAUAAUCGCACCAUCCAGUGCCACCUGGAUGAGG